UUCGGCAAGAAUACAGCAGUGAGAGUACUGAACCCCUCUCCCUCUCCCACAGUGACUCAUAUCAAGGGAAAUUCCCUUGAAAACAAAGCAUAAUUUGUCCCUUCAAACAAUGAGGGUAAUUUUCCCAGCAACAUCGAACCAUUAAUGUUCCACGGUGUUUUGUAUCGAGAAAGCGAGACUUCCGAGCACGUACAAUGAGCCUUAGAAGAGAUUUCGUUUCAAGGGUGCAGAAGGAGCUAAAACAACUGCAGUCCAUGAAGCCUCAUGGAAUCGAAGUGACACUUCCAUCUGACAGUCUUCAGUUGUGGGAGGCUGUGGUACCGGGACCUAAAGACUCCUUUUAUGAUGGAGGACUAUUCAAAGUUCAAGUUUAUUUACCUGAAAAUUACCCUCUUGGGCCGCCGACGGUUCGUUUUCUGUCUCCAAUAUAUCACUUGAAUGUGAGCCCGUCAAAUGGUCACGUGUGCCUGGGAUUUCUGACCGACGAAAGCUGGUUACCAACCCGCUGUGUUCAAGAUGUUUUGAGUGGAGUAUUCGCUCUGCUCAUUCGUCCUGAGUUGGCAAACGCCGCUGACCACACACUACUCGAGAUGUACAAUAACAACAAAGUGGCAUACCAAGAAAAGGCCAGGAAGAGUACUUUGAACGCCAAAUGAAGGGAAAAUACGAAGUUUGUUACAUUUGCUAAUGUGAUCAGUCCACUGCCUUUGACAUGUUUCUGAAAUAAUAUUUACCAGGUUGUCUGUGCUGUUAAAACUAUUCUUUUUUUUAAGAUAAGCAUUUGAGGGCCAAAUGAAGAUCAUCAUUUGUGAAGGAAACGUCGCCAUAUCCAACCGUAUGGUUUCCCAGAAAAAUAAAAUGAUCUGGAUACGCUUCUAGUCGUUUAAUAAGCAAGUUGUACAGAAAAAUUAAUGCCACAUUCAAUACUUAAAAAAAAAGGUAUGCGUUACUUUAAGUCGCUCUGAUUAAGGAAACUCUACUUAACGUUUUUAAUAAUCCCUUCUAACGUUUAAAAUAAUCUCUGAAGCCUUAACAAAAAGACAAAGUUCCAGCAGACCUAACAGAAACAUCUAUGCCACAUAAAAUACUCAACAA